CAUUUACUACUAGUUUUUUUCGGUCGCGGAAAGAAAAAUUUAACCAUUCCGAGUCGAGGUCUACAAAGCUAAGGCGAGGGUGCCGACGCAAAGCAGGUAGAAGCAUCAUCAACAAUUCCAUUCCGCUCCUCUCCCCUAGUGGCCGCCAAAUCAACGAGAAGCAACGGUGAGCAGUCCGGCAUCUGCUCACUACACACGACCUCCUCGUCUCGGAUUCCAGCCUCACAGUCCUCGCAAUGACGAAGAUGCAGCGGAGGGAGGCGGGCGCGAGGCGGCGGCGGGACCGCCACCACCACCACCGGCGGCAGCCGCAGGACGAGCGCUCCGUCUCCUGCACAACGUUCAACAUCCUCGCGCCGAUCUACAAGCGCAUGGACUCCGAGAAUUGCAGGGAGAGCCAGUACAGGGCCUACUGGUUCAGCCGCAAUGAGAAGAUCAUCGACCGCCUCCUUGCAGACUGCUCUUCCAUCAUCUGCCUCCAGGAGGUGUGGUUGGGGAACGAUGAGCUGGUGGACAUGUAUGAGAAGCGGCUCGGCCAUGCCAAUUAUUCGCUGUUCAAGCUCGCACGCACCAACAACCGCGGAGACGGUCUUCUUACUGCUGUACAUAAGAGCUACUUCAAUGUUUUGAAUUACCGGGAGCUGCUCUUCAAUGACUUUGGUGAUCGAGUGGCUCAGCUGUUGCAUGUUGAGUCAGCCAUGCCAUUCUUGCAAAACCGAAGCACAAGGUGUGCCCAACAGCAGAGCCUCAUUGUCAACACCCAUUUGCUGUUCCCUCAUGAUCACAGCCUUUCGAUAGUCCGGCUGAGGCAGGUAUAUAAGAUCCUUCGGUACAUAGAGGCUUACCAGGAGGAACAUAAACUUGGUCCAAUGCCAAUCAUCCUAUGUGGUGACUGGAAUGGAAGUAAACGUGGACAAGUGUACAAGUUCCUUCGUUCACAGGGAUUUGUUUCAUCGUAUGACACUGCUCAUCAAUACAGCGAUAGCGAAGAAGAUGCACAUAAGUGGGUGAGUCAUCGAAACCAUCGAGGGAACAUAUGCGGAGUUGAUUUCAUAUGGCUUUUGAAUCCAGAUAAGUGCAGGAAUCCCCUGAAAACGAGUUGGAAUGAAGCUGUCUUUGGUAUCAUCAAGUACCUCCUCCGAAUCGCAUUCCUUUCCGAGGAGAAUGCAUUUGCACUCCUCAAGGCUGACAGUCUUGAUGAUCACAUCACAUAUUCAAGUUUCUACCAGGCACUCUGUCAGCUAGGAAUGGUCCAUCCCGAUAGCCUAAAUUUAGGAGAUAUUGAAGAUCUGUGGAGUGAAGCUGACCGUGACCGGGAUGGUGUUAUCGAUUACAAAGAAUUUCAGCGGUGCAUCUGGAGCCCAAAAUGCUGCAGUCAAGAAGAGGACGAUACCGAGACCGACAUCACUGAUGGAAGCCUUGACACUUUUGAGGCAAACGAUGAAGCCUUUGGCUUCACUGUGAAGGAAGCUGUUCUUUUCCCAUCGGAAGUAGAGAAGGGCAUGUGGCCUGAGAACUACAGCCUUUCAGAUCAUGCCCCCCUCACUGUGGUGUUCUCCCCUGUAAGAAUGCCUUGUUCUCCACGCACUCCCGGGAUUUUCAAUACUCGCAUGCAUACAGAUACAAGUCUUGUACAGCCGUAGAUAUACCGUGGGACACAGUGAGAUGCAUACCCAAAGCAGUGACCAAAGGCGCGUGAAUAUAUCUGUUUUUUCUUGGUUCAUGCCUUUGAGUUGCUGUUAGCCUGUCCAUUGAAGGACAUGCUUCUGUUUGACGUAACAUUAUUAUGUAUCUAAACCUGACUCCACUUGUUCAUAAUUGUAAAUUAUGACUUGUUAGGCUAUUUUAGGACAGUAAUAUUGAAGCAGACAUGUGUGGGUUUGUUGAGUUAAA